ACCGUUUGCCCUCCAGACGACGACGGACGGCGAUUUAUACGAGAGCGCGACACCCUAGGAUCUUUGAUCCGGUUACAUUCAUUUGAAGCGGACCAUCUAUACACUCUUUUAUCGACGAUACUUUACUUAUCUCGAUAUUCUACGCUCUUUUACGAUCAAUACGCUCGUUUUACCUGAUUGCGCGAUGCUCAUCCACAUUCUCUUCGCACUCCUCGCCAUCCUCGGCAGUGCCAUCGCCUUUGACCAAUCCGCCAACACCAAUCUCGCCGUCUACUGGGGUCAAAACUCCGCCGGUGGGUCCAGCACUCAAUCCUCUCUCGCGACAUACUGCCAAGACUCUAUUGUCGACGUUAUCCCCCUUGCGUUCCUUACGACCUUCAACAUCGGUGGUGAUCCUACCCUCAACUUCGCUUCGGCAUGCGAAGGGACGUAUUUUGAUGAUUCUACCACUCUUCUCAAUUGCGGUCAGAUCGCGGAGGAUAUCCAAACAUGUCAAAACAGCGGCAAGAAGAUUCUCUUGUCUCUCGGUGGUGCAUCCGGUUCGUACGGUUUCACCUCGGAUUCUCAAGCUGAGGAGUUCGCUGUCGAGAUGUGGGGUAUGUUUGGUGGUAACACUUCAUCUGGCUUGGAUCGUCCUUUUGGAGACUCUAUCAUUGAUGGGUUUGACCUUGAUAUCGAAGGUGGAUCGAUAACUGGUUAUUCCGCUUUCGUUACGAAGAUGCGUGAGCUCUACGCUACGGAUACCUCCAAGGACUACUAUAUCUCUGGUGCUCCGCAAUGUCCUAUGCCGGAUGCGUACCUCAACGCUGCCUUGACGACGUCCUACUUUGACAUGAUCUUCGUGCAGUUCUACAACAACUAUUGCGGUGUCAACUACUAUUCCACUUCCAACUUCAACUUCGGCGACUGGGACACUUUCGCAAAAGAAUCCUCCUACAACACCGACGCAAAGGUUUACCUCGGAGUCCCCGCCGCCUCCUCUGCCGCUUCCUACGGUUAUGUGGACGCUGACACCCUCGGCACCAUCAUCCAGGAGUUGCAGAGUGCGUAUUCGAGCUUCGGUGGUGUUAUGAUGUGGGAUAUGUCCCAGGCGUACGCGAAUGAGGAUUCGAGUGCACUUCUGCCUCCACCUCCACCUCCACUACCCCCACCGCUGGAAUCACCACUACCACCACCACCCCUGCUGCCAGGUUCGGCGCUGGUACCACAUCCUCCUCCUCUGCCACGACAACUCCCUCCUCAACCUCCACCGCGUCUUACACAACCGCAAGCUCAACCGUAA